AUGGAUAUCCACAGUGAAGAGGAGACUGCUCCAUUAAUCUCAAAGGACAGCCCUGGAUCUUCCACUGAGAAUAACCACUUCAAAGGUCCUGGUCAGAAACUGCUGGUUACCCUGUGCAUCCUCAUCACCGAAUUGUGUGAGCGUCUGACAUUCUAUGGACUGACAGGAAAUCUAAUUUUAUUUUGUGGUAGUGAAUUGGGUCUUCAGGCACCUUGGCCAUCAACAAUUAAUUAUCUUUUUCAAGGUUGGUUUCUAGUCAAGCCUCGUGUAAGCGACCACACAAAAAUAAUUUGUAAUGAGAUUUAGGGCUGCUUAUAGCGAGUGAUUGCUUGCAAGAAUCAUUAACCACACAGGGGCUCUCUUCCGAGAAAAGGAUGUCUGGGAAUACUGUUUCUACUUUUUGCAUCAGAUAUGUGGUUCUAUAGUGGCACUCAAAGUUCUUCCCGAACUUUGAGUAGCUUGGUGUACAGUGAACGUUAACACAUAAAUCGGACCAUUCACUAACUUGUAGCUCGAAGGGGUUAAAUGAAUGUUAAAACCAACAUCCCAAUAAGUAGUCAUUGGGUUGCUUACAAAUGUAUUUGUACAUGUAAGAGGCGUCAUUUACAAAAGGUUCCAAUUAUAGGGCGAUCUGACUGGGAAAAUUUUGGUGUUUUACAUUAAAAGGACUGCUUACUAAAUAAUGAGGCCUGGUGACUUAUAAGAGGUGGAGAUUCGAUCGUAAAAAUAUAAUUUAUUGUGUAUUAAUAAACAGUGUUGUUUAGACCGAAUCUAUCAGGAAAUUGAGUAAUUUUAAUUUUCAGUGGACAGAAACCAUGUACCACAAUAAUUUAAACAAUAUCACAUUCUUUUUUACAUUUUUCGAAGGCUAUAGAUGUAAUAAGUUAUCUGUGAUAAUAACACCAAAGAGAUUUCUUGUGGGAGCCCUAGAAAACGAAUGUCAAAUUUCACAAAGUGACAUCUUACACAUGAAAUUUUCAGGAUUUUACCUGUGUUUUCACAAUUCUUGUGAAAUUUGACAUUUAUUUUCUCGGGCUCCCAUGAGAAAUUAUAGUCUUCCAUGUUAUUACACAAUAAAUGAUAAUAAAUUACAUCUAUAGCCCUUGAAAAAUGUAAAAAAGGAUGCGGUGUUGUUUAAAAUAUUCUGGUACAAGGUUUUUGUCCACUGAAAUUUGAAUUACUCAAUUUCCUGAUGGAUUCCAUCUUAAUAAUUCUAAGGAUACACACUGUGUAUAAUUGGUCAGUAAUAAUCUCUCAGACACUUUGUACCAUUGAAUACCCUCCAGACUAUUUAUAAAGCCCUCCUUUCCUCUUAUUUGUCAUAUGGUAUAGUCGCCUGGGCACAAGCGGCCAAGACUCAUAUGCUAACCAACCAUUUUUGCCACAAAAACGUGCCGUUUGAUUCGCUUUAAUGUACUUUGUUAUCUUUGCAAUCAUCUUAAUAGUGUGCUUGUAAGCUUUUGACUUAUAUUCUGUAUUCCAGUUAAUCUCAGCAUUGCCUUUAGCACAACCUUUCUUCCGUUCUUUACCUUUGUACAAGUUUUACAAUGUAUAUAUAUAUGCUUAAAUAACUUUUGUUGACUUGUUAAGGUGGCUCCGUAAUUAAUACAAGAGCAUUUAGCUGCGACAAAUUUUCCGUCAUAACUUUUUCGAUUUCAACGCGAUGGCUGCAAAACUUUGCAAAAGACAACAGAUAUCAUUCGGCAAUAAUACGAAAUAUUUCGAUUUCGUUGCUGGUAAAUAUUUCUUGAGAAAUUAGCGCUUAAAAGGACCCUACUGUUCAAAGAAAAUUUCGUCUAGUAAAAAUUUUUGCUGAUGUUUUUUACUGAAAUUUCUGGUAUCGGCUUUAAUUGAUAUAAUAAAUAUGCCAGAGGAGUUUAAGAAAAAUCGUUGGAGCAGAAGUCCGUAACUAAAAGUCGCUCAAAAUUCAGCUGUCAAAUUGUUUUGGAAUUUCAAAAAUAAAUUACUAUCAGGAAGAAGGAGACACCGGUUUCAAUUUUCGGGAAGGCAAGUAAAUUCAGUGUUUGCUAAUUCUGAAAACAGAAGCCGAUUGCCUAUCGUGCUUUUCUUUAAAAGGUACUUUUCAGUUUUAGAAGCACUAUAAAUUGCUCCAAACUUUGCUCUUACAUCGAAUGACUUAUUCCUCGACAUUUUUAAAAUAUCCCUUGGCAGUUUUGGCUCAAACUCCUGCUACAUACAUUUUGAUGUAUUGCAAUGCAUUCUCAACGGCUUUUCCUGCUGUACAUUGUUUCCAAUUCGGGAAAAAGGUAUUGGGAUUGUAAGCUUACCUUGUAUCGAAGCUCAGAUAGAACUGUCCAGCACCUUUGUUUAUGACUAUAAAAUGAGCACGAGCGGCAGCUCUGCAAGGAAUUCGCACCUCAGCCAGGGGGGACGAAUGACAAUGAUCCCCAUGUAUGUGAACCGAUCCGUAUUAACAUGUAUUGCAGAGCAAAACAUAAUAAUCAAGGAAAAAAAUAGCCAUUCAUUGAAGGAAGUAGUGACAAAAAUUUCAGAGUUGUAAAUUUAUUCACGGGAAGUAUUUUUGGGAUAAUUUUAUUUUGCACUGUGAUGUUAUUCGGUUUACAGGCAUGGUCAUCAUUGUCGUUCGUCCCCCCUGGGUGAGGUGCAAAUUCCUUGCAGAACUACCGCUCGUGCUCAUUUUAUAGUGAUAAACAAACACAGGAAAAAAUAACGGAUUCCCAUUUUUGGAUAUUUUUGGGUAUUUAAAGAAUACUCAUAAAAAUCCCAAAUUUGGCAAAGUGAGACAAGUCCCAACCAGGGAAUUCCCAACCAAGUUCCCAGAUUGGGACUUGUCUCACUCUUCCAAAUUUGGGAUUUUUGUGGGUAUUCUUUAAAUACCCAAAAAUAUCCAAAAAUGGGAAUCCGUUAUUUUUUCCUGUGAAAGGUGCUGGACAGUUCUUUCUGAGCUCUGAUACGAGGUAGCGUCCAAUCUCAAUACUUUUUUCCUGAGUUGGAAGCAACGAACAGCAGUAAAAGUCGUUGAAAAUGCAUUGCAAUACAUCAAAAUGUAUGCAGCGGGAGUUUGAGCCAAAACUGCCACGGGAUAUUUUAAAACUGUCGAAGAACAAGUCAUUCUACUUUAGACCAAGGUUGGGAGCAAUUUAUAGUGCUUCUAAAAAUAAAAAGUACCUUUUAAAAAAUAGCACGAUAGGCAAUCGGCUUUUGUUUUAAGAAUUAGCAAACGUUGAGUUUACUUGUCCCGAAAAUUCAAACUGGUGGCUCCUUCUACCUGAUAGUAAUUUAUUUUUGAAAUUCCAAAACAAUUUCACAGCUGAAUUUUGAGCGACUUUUAGUUACGGACUUCUGCUCCAACGAUUUUUCCGAAAUUCCUCUGGCAUAUUUAUUAUAUCAAUUAAAUUAAGCCGAUACCAUAAAUUUCACUAAAAAAUAUCAGCAAAUUUUUUUACUAGACGCGAUUUUGUUUGAACAGUAGGGUUCUUUUAAGCGCUAAUUUCUCAAGAAAUAUUUACCAUCAAUGAAAUCGGAAUAUUUCGUAUUAUUGCCGAAUGAUAUCUGUUGUUUUUUGCAAAGUUUCGCAGCCAUCGCGUCAAAAACCAAAAAGUUAUGACCGAAAAUUUGUCACAGCAAAAUGCUCUUGUAUUAAUUACGGAGCCACCUUAAUUUAAUACCAUUUAGAGUGUACGUGUAUUUGUUUUCCCUCUUUAAGACUAUAACCCUUGCUAUUUGUGGGCAGUGAGAAAAUAAAAUUGUAAAAAUUGUAAAUUUAAUAUAACUAUUAAAAAUGAAGAUGAUGAUUAAAAUGACCCACUAGUGAUAUGUAUACCAUUUUGUCAAUGUACCAAGUAGUGCUCAUAGGUAAACCAGCAUCAUUUCAAUGGUGAGAAAACUCAACAGCCAUCAUCAUUCUAUAUAGCUACUACUUAGUUUUAGUGAGAAUGUGGUAGUGGUAAAGACAUGUUGUUAAAAUAUUAGAAGUUUUAUUAUUUUGUGAUCGGGAGAUCAGAGGGCUCAAUGAAGAUAUCAGUGCUAACUUUUUUGGUGAAGAAAAUGAAGCUUUCUGGGCUGUCUAUUUUUGGAGAAUAUCCCCCCCCCAAAAAAAAAAAAAAAACUUUAAAUCAAAUCUCAUACUCGUAGUCAUUCUCGUCCUCAAAUCUAAAGGUCUCUUUUAUAGUAACGCCGUAAGCAGAUCAUCAGCAUGUGAUUAACAGCAUUUCCUUAAUACUUUUAUUAAUGCUCAUAAUUAUUUUUAGGAACAUGUUAUCUCAUUCCUUUGUUUGGAGGAUGGCUGGCUGAUGCACAUCUGGGCCGUUUCAACACCAUUUAUGGCAGUUCUUUGCUUUAUGUUGUCGGGACUAUCCUACUGGCAGCAGUUUCUAUACGAAAUAAAAUGCUGUCAUCAUGGUUUGAUCAUGAUAAGCAUUUUGCCCAUGAUCCCACUAUCAGACUGGUUUAUUUUGUUAUCUCUUUGGUAUUAAUUGCAUUCGGCACCGGUGGAAUCAAAGCAAAUGUAUCACCAUUUGGAGCUGACCAAGUUCAAAAAGAUGGGCCAAGAGCAAUCCAAGCAUUCUUUAACUGGUUUUACUGGUUUAUAAACAUUGGAUCACUGAUAGCCUUUACAGUGGUUGUGGGGGUACAGCAAAAUGAUGUAUUUUAUGGUUAUGUGAUAACAGCAGGAACAAUGUUUCUUGGUGUAAUUGCCUUCCUCUCUGGCCGAAAAAAAUAUUUAAACAAACCGCCAGGUGGCAGUCAGCUAACUGAUACCGUAAAGAUCAUCUAUGAAGCCAUAAAGAAUCGUGGCUCGGCAAAUGCAAUGGUCUGGUUGGAUAAUGCAAAGAAUACAUGUGGAGGAAACUAUACUGAGGCAAAGGUGGAAGAUGUCAAAAUUUUGUUAAGGAUUUUACCAGUGUUUGCUUUGUUCAUUGUCUACUGGACAAUUUACUCACAGGUAUAAAUUAUCAAUAUCUCAUGCUAUUUGCUAUUUUUUUAAAUGCGGUAGCUAAAACUUGUCUUCCCAUCAACUUAUUGAAUUCCAAAAAUAAGGGUCAGGGGUUUAUUAAGUCUAUAAUAAUUACCGGUAUUAUAAAAUUUAUUUUAGGCUGUUUUGCCUCUUUUUUAAAGUUUUAAUUCUGAGUUUGCAAAAAUCACCAAAAAACUAUUGUAGUUGGUUCUCCCUGGUGAAAUUUGUUUGAUGUGUUCUUAAUAACUCUACAGCUGUAUUUUUUGUAUGAAUAAAGGCACAGUUAAUAAUAUUUUAGUAAUGACUACAGCAGAGAAUUUAAAAGAAAUGUGAUUCCCCUGCACGUUCUCUGCAUGUUCAAUGCUUGCAUAAGCAGACAUCAAGAAUAGAAAAAUUAUCUGUAACUCAUGCAUCAGGAGUUUGCUGAUUAUGAUAUUGUGAUAUAAACCCUUGUUUUAAUAAGCAGCCUGUAGCAGUAGUAUAAGAUAUCGGAGGCUGGCUACAACAAGUUGUCAACUAGCUCGCAUUUUAUGUUCACUUGUUAAUUUGUAAAUACAGACAGUGUUACUGAAAAUAUUCUUUCAUAUAAUACUUGUAGUAAGUAUUAAAAUGUACAAUUAUUAUCAUAACUAUAAUAGUGUGGAUAUGCUGUACAGUGGUCAACAACUUUGUACAUGGAUUUGAAGACUUGAAAUAUGUGUUUGAAAGUUCAAGAUUGUCUUCCUGGAAAAUGUCCUCUUGGUUAAAAAAAUAGCCAUCAAAGUCUGCUUUUAAUUUGUCCUUUCUUGCAGAUGCAGAGCACAUUCCUCAUACAAGCCACCUACAUGAGACUGGAAUUUAAAGAUUUCACUAUUCCAGCUGCUUCUCUUUCAAUUUUUGAUAUAGUUGCUGUUCUUGCAUUUAUUCCCAUUAUGGAUCAUGUUGUUUACCCCCUCAUUCAAUUCUGUGGCAUUAGAUUUACACCCCUGCGCAGGAUUGGUGUUGGACUGCUGUUAGCCGCAGCAUCUGUGGUAGUAGCUGGUCUGAUUGAAAGGAAGCGACGACAUGUAUGGCAAGAUGGAGGUGUUUAUAACCAAACUGUUUUAGACAAAAACCUUGAAGCUUCAGAUCUGAAUGUCUUUUGGCAAGUCCCACAAUUUAUGUUAGUUGGUUCCAGUGAGGUUCUUACAAGUAUUACAGGUGGGAAAACAGCAUUAAAAAAAUUGUAAUUUGCCCACAAUGCACUUUGUUAACAUUACUAUCCAAGUCAUUUUUAGAAGGAUUUGUGUGGAGUCAUCAGAGCAAACUGGUGAUUAUAUCUACUCACCAAUUUGCACUGAAUUUUGGCAAGUGGCCUUUUUUCAUCUCGUUCUUUCUCAAUAUGUUAACCAAUCCAAUAAUUUCACAAAUUUGAAUUUUUGUUACGUCACACUUUUCUUCUCUGAUUCAAGAAAAGUAAACAUUUCUAUGGUGCUCUAUGCUGGGAGUCUAAAUAUACUCGCAUUGCAGUCCUUGCAUUCUGGUUCAAUUAUUGCUGUAUUACAUACUAAGUCAUUGUUAGAACACCCCUAUUAAUCAGUCAGCUAUGGUCCCUUACCCUGCUAGCAAAGGUUUCUCUUAGCAUGCAUGGUUGAAGUUGCUUACACCACUCAAAGCAAACGACCUCCUACAAACUAGCAACCACGCCAGAAAGAAACCGCUGUCCUGUGUUAGGGUUUAUUUAAGUGACCCCGUAACAGAGGUUUGACUCCGCAAUAUGUAACAAGAUGGUGGGCAGGGGGGGAGGGGGGGUUGGUGGGGGGCUGGGCACAGGGGGAAGGAGACAGAUAUUUAACAAUUGUUUUACAAGUUUGAGCAAAAUAUCAUGAUUUAAUUGUCGGUGACGAGCAAGUCAAUUAUUUGCUGAAGCUAAAGACUGAGGCAAGUAAUAACUGAUCUGCAAGACAGUGAGAAAUCACGAUUUUUUGUAAUAACAGAGUUCAAUAAUUAUUUUAUCAUUCGAUCACCGAGUUUGUUUUUUCAUGAAAUUUAUAUCCACGGGAAGCGAUGCGAUCUGCCAUUUUUAUGCAAGAGCAAUUGCAAGAAGGAGAAAGGCGUGGUUUCCUAUAUGCAUGAGCGGAAUAUUAUUUGCAGCCAAACACAGUUGGACGAAAUUGCGCUUGAGCAGAGCAUUAUUUGUAGGCGGUUAUUUGCAGGUCACGUGGUGGGCUCUCAGCAAAUCAAAAGAUAAAAAAAUUUGCUUUGAAUGAUAAUUUCCGUUACUAUACACAUUUAUUAAGUUAUUGUCUUUUUGUUUUUUUCUUACAGGAUUAGAGUUGGCUUAUUCUCAGUCUCCUCAACACAUGAAGGGACUUGUGAUGGGUGCCUUCCUGGUGACGAGUGGCCUUGGAAACUAUGUCGCCACUCUCCUUGUUGUCAUUGUUCGAUCAGCUAGCAAUGAAAAGUGGUAUCCAAGUGAUGACCCCAACAGGGGAGAACUGGAAAAUUUCUUUUUUCUGUUAGCUGGACUAAUGAUGCUGAACUUUGUGGUUUUUCUGUUCAUUGCCUCCUCCUAUAAAUAUAAGACUGUAACUCGCAGAGAAGAAAUUAAUUCAAAUGUUAAGGACACAGGCCAAUCUUCUGAUCGUGAUGUGUAAUUUUUACUGAGUUGCUUGU